UGUUUUGACAUUCAUACAAAACAUUUUUAGAAAUAUAAUUAUUUCGUUUUCUCAUCAAUUUUGUUGGAAUAAAAAUGAGUGAGAGUUCGAGCAGCCGUACAAAAACCACGGAUUCUGCUGAUACCGAGUCCACUGAAGAUCCUUUGAUUCCAGAUCGAUGGACAAAUAACAUCACCUACCGACAACUGGUCAUGUCAUCUUGCAUCGGCGUCGUACAACUGUGGUGGCAUCCUUACGUGCACGACUUUCGGAGACACCUGCCAUUUCUAUUCCUCUACAACGUAUUCAGUGUGCUCUUCGUGUACCCAUCGUUCUAUCUGGAAUUGGCUUUAGGCGUAGUAACGAAGAAGGGUGUGCUGAAUUGUUGGGAUAUGGCGCCGGUGGCUAGAGGAGUCGGCCUGGCAAUGAUAAUUUCAUGUGUGUUUCUGGCAUUUUCACUUGGGGCGGUAAGCGCUUGGUGUCUCUCGAUGGUGGUGCAUUCCUUCCACUCGUUUCUGCCGUGGCUACAUUGCGCCGCUGCUGCCAAUCCACCUUGUGCUGCCAGACACCGUCCGUUGACGAACGGUAGUGAAACACCGCCGCAGUCCUUCUUUUUCAACUUCGUGCUGAAUCUCAAACGGGACGGUUUAAAUGGUGGAUUGGGCAAUGUGGUCCCUGACCUGACGGUGUACUAUGUAAUAUCAUGGGUGUUGGUCUACUUGAUCGCUUGCAAACGGAUAUACAGCUACUCGAAGUUGGUGUUAUUCAAGGACGUGUUAGCGUUCUUCGUCCUGGUGUCCAGUACUUUUGGCGUGAUGCGCUUACACGGCGCUUUCCGAAUGUUCUACGAAUGCGAUUGGAAUGUACUGUUUGAUAGUGUACAGAUAUGGCGCGAAGCUCUAGAAUACGCAUUCAUACAAAUGGCAGUGUGCCAAGGUACACUGAUAAUGCUGGGGUCACACUGCCCGAAGCAGAAGCAGGUGCUCGCGAACACGUCCAUGUUCGCGUUCGGCGUGUCCAAGCUUAGCUGCACGUUGAGCGCGCUCAUACUCGGCGCGGCGCACGGCGCCUUGUACCAAGAUUACGACAAUAGCACCAAUAUUUGGAAAGGAUCAUCAUCUUCAAUGAUCCUGUGGGCAGAUUACGUGGCAAGGAUACCGGGUAGUCAAGUUUGGUCUGCACUUGUAUUUUUCACACUUUUCGUGCUUUCUGUUUGUUCUACGGCUUUACUUGUGCAAACAAUCAUGUCGACAUUCACCGGUCGAUCAAUAAGGAAAAUAGCCUGGGCCUUCCUCGUACUGAUUUGUAUGCUGUUCUGUUUUGUUGGCGUCAUGACGUUAUGUACACAGGGUGGUAUGUACAUCCUAAACUUCCUCAUGACGUGGCCGGUCUCCAAACCUCGUAUUCCUUUAGCAGCAAUAGUGGCUAUUGUCGUCACCUACAUUUAUGGGCAGACAACUUUCUGUGAAGACGUGUACUUCGCAGUGGGGGAGUAUCCUUGCGUGUUCCUGAGGAUCUGCUGGGCUUUGACGCCAUUUGCGCUUUUGAUAUUUUUCCUGUCUGGAUUGACUUCUUGCUCGCAAACAGAAGGUAUCGCUGGUUGGGCAUUAGUUAUGAUAGUUUUGCUACCGGUGGCUGUAUUUACGCUUCUCUACCUUAUCUUCAAAUUUAGAGUACGGAAUAUCGUGGGAACUGAAAAAUAAUUCGGAAGAUUUGAUAGAAUAACAGUCAGCGAAUAUAAUGUAAUUGUUUUACUUUGGUUUAGAUCAAAAUAAAAAACAACAUACAGAAUUACAGCAUAUUUUAUUCACAAAAUUUUCAUAAAACCAAUUUGUAACCAAAAUAAAGGGUUAUUUUUAUAAUAACUAAUUAGUCACACACACAUCCACUUUAACAACAUAGGAAUCCGAUUGUAACGGACAGCAAUUUUAUUAUUGUUCCUUUGAUCUUAUUUCUUUUUGUCCAUUAUAAUCGGUAGGAGUAAGUAUUUACACACAUUCCAAAUAAUUAUUGACAAAACAAAGGAAAGUAUCCAUUAAAAGAACUGUAACUUUUAAAACAAAUGUCUACAUUAUUUUGAUUGGUAUCAAUUGUAACUAUCGUGUAGAAUGUAGAUGAUGUCAAAAAAUCAAGUAAUCCACAUACAUUUGCCCUAUUGGGUUCUGGAAAGGUCUCCCAGUUUGGAAUGUGGUCCGCCUCAACCUUCGUAUGAAAUGCAAGAUAUAUUUUGGUA